AUGCAAUCUCUUUCGUAUCUUGACCUCUCUAGAAAUAAUUUGCAAGGUGCAAUUCCAACUUCUUUUGGGAAUAUGCAUGAUCUUUCAUAUCUCGACCUCUCUCACAAUAAAUUGCAAGGUAUAAUUCCAGCUUCUUUUGGAAACAUGAAGUCCCUUUCAUAUCUCAAACUCGGCUUCAAUCAAUUAGAAAGUUCAAUUCCAAACAUCAAGCACCUCACAUAUCUCGAUCUCUCAUCCAAUAAUUUCAAGCUCUUGUCAAGCUCACUUGGUAAUCUGUGUAGCUUACAAAAACUUGAUGUGAUUCUUAACAAUCUCACCCAAGAGCUCGGCGACAUAAUCCAAACACUAAAUGGGUGUACAAAAAAAUCAUUAUUGAUUUUAUGGUUGGAGUCCAACCAAAUUUGGGGUCCAAUUCCAGACACAAUUGAUACCUUUUCUUCAUUACAAGAAUUGUAUCUUUACAAUAAUCGAUUGAAUGGAACAAUUACUCAGAGAUUGAGAAAUAUGACUAUGCUAGAGACCUUGGAUCUUUCAUCUAAUUCUUUGAAAGGUACUCUUUCCAACAAUCACUUUUCAAAUCUUUCAAGAUUGAAGAACUUGGAUUUGUCAAACAAUUCAGCGUUGGUGCUCAAUAUGGAUGACAAUUUGGUUCCACCAUUUCAAUUCGAUACAAUAUAUUUAGGAUCUUGUAGAUUGGGACCAAUGUUUCCAAAAUGGCUUCAAAAACAAACCAAAUAUUCUUGGCUUGAUAUCUCUGGUGCCGGAAUCUCAGAUAGUAUUCCGAACUCCUUUUGGAAAUCAUUGCCACCAAAUUUGGUCAAUCUUAAUAUUUCUCACAACAAUAUAUAUGGGACACUCCCAGAUUUACAAAUAAUAGUCCCUAGUACUUCUAGUCAAUUUUUUGACAUAGAUAUGAGCUUUAACCAUUUUAAAGGGAAAAUACCAUCAUUUCCAAAACAUGUUACUUCUGUUUACUUGAGUAGCAACAAGUUUUCUAACCAUUUCCCUUUCUUGUGUCCUAAAUCCAAAACAAAUAUUCACAAUCUUGACCUCUCAAACAACUUGUUGUCUGGAGAACUUCUAGAUUGUUGGAUGAAUUUUGACCAGCUGUUGUUUCUGAACUUAGAGAACAAUAAGUUUUCGGCUAGUAUUCCAUCUUCUUUUGGCUACUUGAAUAAACUUCAGUCACUACACCUAGCCAACAAUAUGUUUUCGAAAGACUUCCCGAGAUCGAUGAUGAAUUGUACUUCCCUUAUUAACCUCAAUCUUGGUCACAAUUUAUUGAGCGGGCAUGUCACGAAAUAA